GUUGGAAGCAGCUGAAUACUGUAUCGUAUUUCGAUAUUCUAUAAAGCGAAAAACUCUUCAUGCUGAAAUCAUUUCACUUAGAGAACGGGGAGGCAGGACAUGAAGAAGAAAGAAUUCAAUAUUACAUACUGACUCGUGACAUGCUGGACAGAUAAUAUUAUACACCGUUAUCAGAGUGUUUGCAAUUUCAUCCUGUUAGAGGAGGAAAAUACUGUGGAUAUAAAUCCAUUUUAGCUAGACAGAUUCUGGAGCGAAGAAAUAUAAUUGGGAAUAUCGGCAGACGGGACCGCACUACUGGGCUGAUCUUGCUCUUUCCUCUUUUAUUAAUGAAGAUAAUUAUUGUAAUUGUAGUUUUGCCAAAAACAGUUUUAUAGUCUUAGUAAGGCAUAAGUAUCAACUGUGAUAAAUGGAAUUACUAAACUGCCGUAACGUGUUUUUACUAUAAUUGCAAAAAAUAUUUUACAUAAUUUACAGGACUCGCAGUGUGGAAUUUAUUACUUUUGCAUUCGUGAGGACUCAAACUAAUUUCUUUUUCGCAGGAAUAUUUAAAUGAUUUAUGUAAAAUAACGGCAUUGGAUUAAGGAUGCGUGUGACUUAGCACAAGCGCAAUUGCAAUAGCGACGAUUUUGACAUGGAAAAAACACAGUUUAGUCGGCAAUUUAUGAUUGUUUAAUAUGAAAUUUUGCAACAAUUUGUACUGCGUCAUUACUCGGAAAAGUGAAGUACAAAAUUUGAAUAAAAAAGAUCUAGCCAUGCUGAUUCAUUACAAAUAUUGUAAGCGAUCAACGUCAUUUCAAAUGGAAUUUAUUUGAUGAAUGUCACAAGCUGUUGAAAUUGGAAAUCUGCAUAAAGGAAUGGUUGCGGUUUAAUCUUCUUAACAUGAAAACUGACAUCCAUUAGACUGUUAGAAUUUUUGUCAAAAAAGAAAAAAAAAAAGAAAAAAAAAAAAAGAAAAACGAAUACAUUAAUAAUUCCAGCAAAAGGAUAAAAUAAAUGAAGGAUAUAUUUUUUUGCGGAUAAUUAUAGAAUAUCACUGAAAAGUUAUAUAAAAUAGUGCAAGCACCCACCGAGGAUUUUAAUUUCAUCGUAAGCUUAUUUUCCUUCUUUACAGUGAUUUCUUCAAACAGUAAUAGAAUGCUACAUUCUACAUCAGUUUGUAUUACUGAGAAAUUUUAAUAGUGUCUAAUACAAUGGAUUAAUGGAAAUGUGUAACAUGUCGUACUCAAACUCGUCUGUUUGAAUAAUAAUGAACAGCUCUAAAAUAACACAAAAGUGAAUUGAAUUCAAAAUACAAAAUUCAACACCACGUUAUUCCAUGGAUUUUUUUUUCAGAGCAAAUAUGCUUUGACUAGUUCAAUAGGUCGUUGUUACAGUAAGUUGCUAUUGGUCAGUAAGUCAAAAUUACCAUAUACAUGACCAUGCACAUGCUAGAAGAAAACAACAGAUUAACAUUAAUGCGUGUUGUAUGCUAAAUAUGAAUAACUCUUCCAUUAAUGUUAAUGUAACGUCCUCAAACAUCAGUGAAGAAGACGAGAAGGGAUUAGACGGAUAUCAAUAUUCAUUGUUUGUUGCCAAUAUCGUGAUCUGUCUUCUCAAUUUGACUGGAAACAUCUGUGUUCUUGUACUUAUAUGUCAAAGAAGAUUGUUAGGCCGAACCACAAACGUGUUUGUGUUUUCCUUGGCAAUGUCUGACGCAAUCUGUUGUGUUGCUGCGAUACCUUACAAUGCAAUGUUGGCUCUUGAAAGAGACAUGUCAGUAUAUCUAUGUAAAGGUUAUUUCUAUGCUCUUUGCAUUUCAAGGACAGCCGUGUCUUACACAGUUAUCUUGCUUACAACAGAGAAAAUAUUGAACAUACUACAUCCCUCACGGUUUAUAACAGCUGGAAGAUGUAUGUUUUUCAUCAGUCUUGUAUGGUUUUUCUCGGUAGCAUACAACGUAUGGACAGUGGUCUUCUAUACUAUAUAUGACUAUGACAAAAUUACUUAUAUAGAAUAUAUGAUGGAUUCCUCGAAAAUUCUUUAUGGCAAGAAAUGUUUCUUUUCACAUAGAUUUAAAGCAUUAAGAGGAAUAUUUUUGACUAUAGAUUUUGUGAUGCUUUUUAUUCUACCAUGUGCAAUCAUAGCUAUUGAAUUUUGUGUAAUUCUAAGAAAACAGCAUGGUACAAUAAAACAGCGAUUUGAGACAUAUUAUUACAUCAUGCGAUUUAUAUUUUUCAUAUUUUUGGUAUAUAUAAUCUGUCAUUUACCAUUUGAAAUAGGAACGUUAGUAAAGGGAGGCACUCGUGACCCGAACGAAAUUAGCGGGAUCUUCUACGAAAUGUCUUUAACGUUGUACUACACAAGAGGCGUGCUGUAUCUUAUUGUGUAUAUGUACUUUAAACAAUAUGUUUGUCGGCGGAGUAGGCGCUUGAACGCCUCUAAUUCUGGACAUCAAAUAAACAGAAUCUACCUGGAGUUGCCAGUUCGAGGACAGUGUAGAGGCCUCUCUUUAAAUGAACUAAGGUUAAUGAAAUGAAAUGCUCAAAUUAUGAUGAUCCUUUUAUUGUGUUUAAUCGUAAGAAUAAUGCCUGUCUUUUAUUGUAAUUAUAUUUGACAAUUACAACGAUAUUAAGCGUAUCAAUGAUGUAAGAUUGAUGCAUCUUUAUAUCUAUGUUCAGUUAUAAAGUGAUCAGAAAUCACACCAGUGAAAUUUAGAAUUGCUCUGGAUUAAAAUUAAUUAAGGGAUAGCGGCGAGGCAGUGGGGAAUACUAAACUGAGAAGAAUAUUUACUGUUUAAUACAAUAUAAUUGAGCCGCACCAUGAGAAAACCAACAUAGUGCGUUUGCGACCAGCAUGGAUCCAGACCAUCCGCGCAGUCUGGUCAGGAUCCAUGCUGUUCGCUUUCAAAGCCUAUUACAAUUAGAGAAACCGUUAGCGAACAGCAUGGACCCUGACCAGACUGCUGGUCGCAAAUGCACUAUGUUGGUUUUCUCAUGGUGGCUCAUAUUUAAUUAUAUACCGGCAUGUAUUUUUAUGUCAUGAAAAUGUGGCAACAUAUUUUAUCAGUAUUUUUUUAUUUCAACUAAGAGGCAUUUUUCUGCGCAACGUUUUCGUACAUGUCUUUUGGUAAAUUGUUAUUGUCUUAUCCAUUUUCUUUGGUUUUCUUAUUAAAUAUAAGUACAAAGAUUUUUGUAUGUGUAUAUACGAGUUGUUGCGAAUUUGUUUUGGCAACAUGAGGUUUUAUUUAAGAAGUAAUUUACAGCAAAAGAGGUCUUUAUCACUAUUUAUGCACGAUCGACGGUUAUACGUCGGGCUCAAUAAUUUCACAAGGGCGCAGCCCGAGUGAAAUUAUUUGUACGACGUAUUACCGUCCGUCCGAGUGUAUAAAUAGUGAUAAAACACUCUUUUGCUAUAAAAGCAUAUUAGAAUUACUGUUACAGAAUAACAUUUAUAACUUGUUAUACUCUUUUCUUCAGAUUUUUGUUGUAGUUGCUUGGACAGAUGUUUAUUUAUUUAUUUAUUUAUUUGGGGUUUACGGCGCACCAACACAGAAUAGGUUAUAUGGCGCCAAACAGGACUACAAAUUUUGGUUUCACAUCUCAUUUACAUCGAAAAAAACAUGAGGUAUGGAAUCAAAAUUUGCAUACCUGCUGGAAUCACAGAGUUACAGCAAAACCAAGUGUUAAGACCCUAUUAGUCGCCUCUUACGAUCAUGCAAGGGUAAGGCAGUGGUUCCAAUUCUUGUCAUACACAGAUCGUGCCAGAACCACAUGGGGUGCCUGGAUGGAUGUAGAUAAUUCAGAUGAUUCAGGAUAAAACAUGGCGAAAUAUGAUUAAUUCAUUGUCUGAUACAUCAUCCUUAUUAUUGAUUAUAUUUCUUGAUAAAAGAAAUGAAAAAUCUCACCGUAAAAAAUUGAAAUAAAGAAAAUUG